GGAGCCGCCGGCCGCUGGGACCUGGGCGCCCAAGCACUAGGCUGGCGGGAGCGCGGGUCGGAGCCUCUGAGGGACUCCUACAACUCUGCAGUCAGGGUAUCAGCCAGCACUGUAGUCAUCUGAAAAUAUAACUAGAGAAGGACAGGACCUGCUUCCAAAUUUAUUCAGUCAAGGGGCAACUGGCAUUGAGAGAGAGUGACUGUUCCCAAGACAGCAAACAUUGGAGGAACAGCCAGAAGUAUUGACAGAAAGCUUAAAUUACCUAAAUGACUGAUAAUGGUCUCCAGCUGCCAGAGAAGGUUGUGGAUGCCAAGAGAAAGGUAACCAUUUCUCAUCCCCUCAAGUGGAAUUGGAUGCCUCUAGGAGCCCACAUUGGCUGGUGGUAGACAUGGCUGAAGUUGCAAGCUACAAAGAUACUUCCUCCAGCCGCCACCUGCGGUUUAAGUUACAAAGCCUGAGCCGCCGUCUUGAUGAGUUGGAGGAAGCCACAAAAAACCUCCAGAAAGCGGAGGAUGAGCUCCUGGAUCUCCAGGACAAGGUGAUUCAGGCAGAAGGCAGCAACUCUAGCAUGUUGGCUGAGAUUGAAGUGCUACGUCAGCAGGUGCUGAGAAUUGAAGGUAAAGAUGAGGAAAUUAAAAAAGCAGAGGAUCUGUGUCAUCUCAUGAAGGAGAAACUUGAAGAGGAGGAAAACCUUACCCGGGAGCUGAAAUCUGAGAUUGAACGGCUUCAGAAACGCAUGGCUGAGUUGGAGAAGCUGGAGGAGGCCUUCAGUAGGAGCAAGAAUGACUGUACUCAGCUUUGUUUGAGCCUGAAUGAGGAGAGAAAUCUGACGAAGAAAAUCUCCUCUGAGCUGGAAAUGCUCAGAGUCAAAGUGAAAGAACUGGAAUCUUCUGAGGAUCGCCUGGAUAAAACUGAGCAAAAUUUAGUGUCAGAGCUAGAAAAGCUGAAGUCAUUAACGCUGAGCUUUGUCAGUGAGAGAAAAUACUUGAAUGAAAAGGAGAAAGAAAAUGAGAAAUUGAUUAAAGAGCUCACUCAAAAACUGGAACAGAACAAGAAAAUGAAUCGAGAUUAUACAAGGAAUGCUUCUAAUCUUCUGGAAAGGAAUGACCUGCGGAUUGAGGAUGGCAUCUCUUCUGCACUGCCAUCCAAGGAAUCAAGAAGGAAGGGUGCUCUGGACUAUCUAAAACAGGUGGAGAACGAAACAAGAAACAAAUCAGAAAACGAAAAGAACCGAAAUCAGGAGGACAACAAAGUCAAAGACCUUAACCAAGAAAUUGAGAAACUUAAGACACAAAUCAAACAUUUUGAAUCUUUGGAAGAGGAGCUUAAGAAAAUGAGGGCCAAAAACAGUGACCUUCAAGAUAAUUACCUAAGUGAACAAAAUAAAAACAAAAUCUUAGCCAGCCAGCUGGAAGAGAUAAAGCUACAAAUCAAGAAGCAGAAACAGUUAGAAAAUGGAGAAAUAGAAAGGGAAGAUGCUUUCCUGUCCAGCAAAGGCAGGCAUGAGAGGACUAAGUUUAGGGGCCAUGGUGGUGAGGCGUGUGGGUCUAAGUACCCAUCCCGAGAACUGUCUCCUCAGCAUAAGCGAGAAAGGCUCCGGAAUAGGGAGUUUGCUCUCCAUAGUGAAAACUACUCUGUGAGCAACAGGCAUGUUUCCUCUCCCACCUUCACCAGCAGGAGGGUAGCCAAAGCUUCCAACAUGGUGGCAGGUACAGAGAGUGGGGCUCAGGAGACAAAGAGAACCGAAGACCGAUUUGCCCCUGGAUCCUCUCAGAGUGACGGGAAGAAGGCCAGGGAGCAGCCAUCUGUGCUUAGCCGCUACCCCCCAGCUGCCCAGGAGCACAGUAAAGUCUGGAAGGGAACUCCCAAACCAGGCACCGAGAGUGGACUGAAGGGAAAAGUAGAGAAGACAACACGAACAUUUAGUAACUCCACUCAUGGAUCUGUCCCUAGUGACACAUUAGAUAGAGCUGACAAGGCUUCAGACACCUUGUCGGAGGCCCACUUCAGCAAGCGAGCACAGGUACCUGACAGUGAAAGUCAAGUAACUCCAGCUACAGACCAUGUCUGCUCUAAGGCUACUGGAGCCCUGGCCUCAUCUCGAAGAUCAUCUUCAGAAGGACUCUCUAAAGGUAAAAAGGCUGCCAAUGGCCUGGAGGCUGAUACUGGUUCCCCCACCUCCAAGGCUUCUAUUUUAUCAAAGUAUCCCUAUAGUUCCAGAAGCCAAGAGAACAUCCUUCAGGGCUUUUCAACCCCAAAUAAAGAAGUUGAGCAGCCUGUAGCAGUUGUGAUGGAAGAUAGCAGUCACCAUGAAGCCUUGCGGUGUCGAGUCAUCAAAUCCAGUGGUGGAGAGAAGCCUGACUCAGAUGAUGACUUGGACAUGGCAUCUCUGGUUACUGCCAAGUUGGUAAACACAACCAUCACUCCAGAGCCAGAGCCCAAACUACCGCCCACCCCUAGAGAAAAGGCCAAAUCUCGAGGGGAACAUAGAAUCUCCCGAUUUGAGAAUGACAAAAACACUGGGAUAGAAAGUGAAUCUGUGAAACCUGUCAGAGCCUCUAGCAAUGCUGUGGAACUUGCAGAUGCCAAUGGUGCUGGAGUAAAAAGCCAGAGGCCCUUCAGUCCCAGAGAGGCCUUGCGGUCUAGAGGUGUCAUCAAACCUGUUAUCAUUGAUAAGAAUGUGAAAAAAAUAAUGGGAGGAUCUGGAACUGAGGCUGUGUUAGAGAAACAGAAACUCACCUCUAAACCAGGGCCAAACAAAGUGACAAGCAGCAUUACUAUCUACCCCUGUGACAGCAGCAGCCCUAGAGCUGGCCCAGGUGAGGCCCUGAGGGAGAGGCACACGUCCACCAGCAACAUCCAGGUUGGGCCCGCAGAGCUUAUGCCAGUUAGCAACCAUGUCAGCUCCCCCUUUGAGCUCUCCAUUCACAAACAUGACAUCACAGUGCAGCUCACAGAAGCUGAAAGACUAGGAGAUGGGUCCUCAAAGAACAGGCCAGACAUGGUGGUGUCUCGGAGCAGCAUUCUAAUCAAGCCAUCAGAUUCUGUGGAAAGGAAUAGCCAUGCCGCCCCAGCGGAGACAAUCAGGUGGAAAAGCCACAGCACCCCUUCAGAGGGGGGCUCCUCAGACACUAGGCACAUUACUGUACGCAAUGCCUGGAAGACUAAGGAAGACUUGAAGUCUUUUGAAGACGCCCCAACUCAAGUAGGUAGAAACAUGGAAUCUACCAACACUUACAUCCAGAGGUCUUCCACAGACUUCUCAGAACUUGAACAGCCCAGAUCCUACCUUUCUGAGUCAGGCAUUCGAAGGGUAGGAAAUUCUGGGGAUGCAGCUGAGCUUUCCUCCAGAAGGACCCAAAGUAGCCUAACAGUGUCUGAGGUGCUCACCCAUCGGAGUCGGGCAGGAGAUAGGGUCAUGGCUGCAGCUUGGAACCAUUCCGCAGGCAUGGAGGAAGGUGAAGACUGUGCACUCAGUGUCCACAGACGACUGCACAACUCCUUGGAGCAGUCUGAAUGGCCUGUGAAGCCAGGACUGCCAGAGCUGGGGCGAGUUCGAGCCGAGGAACGAUUACGGCCAAGUAGGCCUUGUGCUGAGGAAAACUGAGCCAGCUGGGUGAGGUCUCCUGUCUCCUCUGCUCCUGCUUCUCAGCUCUUCCACCGCCUGCCCUGCGAAGUAUCUAAGACCAGUUAACCAGUUGGACACAAGGCCUUGGCUGGGAGACUGGUAGAGAGCUGGGUUGUGGCUCAGGUAAUUUUUGCCAGUUGGCCAGAGGGGAUCACAGACUACAACCUGGACAGUCACCCAGGCCCAGCCUUCCUUGAUGCAUGAGUCCUCUUUCUUUGUCCCUGUCCCUAAGGUAGCAUGGACCACUUUGGCCCUCAAAUAGGGAGCUGUAGGAACCUCCCACCAUACAACAGUAGCCAAAAUUCUCUGCUCCCUGGUGGGUAGUUUCUGUAUCUUAGAGUAGCCCCUUCUCUGUUAAGUCCCUUAAUGCGUUGACUUCUGUCUCCUCACCAUGUUCAGUUUGCUCUUUGUGCUGAGGGCCCACAUGCCCACUAAGGAUUAUCAGCCAUUAGCUCCACCUGGGGGGCUUCCAUUCCUUCUUCCCUUGGAGUUCUUUUCCUCAGACUUUGAAAGCAGAAGGGGUCUGUGCUGCCUCUGAGGGAUUAUGGCACUACCUUGUAGGCUGAGGCUUCUCUGACCUGGCCCCGCCCCCGGCUGACCAGUUUCCUGGGGGCAGAGCGUGCAGAUACCUGUUGGAAUGACACCAUCCCUCCCCCACCCCAGCUCUCUGCUCAUCUUCCAAAGACACCGGAAGUGCGCAAGCCUCAUGCAUCUCCUUCCUCCGUAAUGCUGCUGGCAGAACUGCACGCUCUCCUGUGGUUGGAGACUUCAGCUGACAUCAUCGUUCCCAUUUUGGGAAAAUUCCUGGACUGAGCUGGGCCUGACCCAGUAUACUCUGCCUUCUAGGAAGUGCCCCAGCAAGGGGGAAAGCAGACAGGAAGAAGCAAUUUCCCUUCAGUCACUCCACAAGCAAUAGCUCCACAAAAGGCAUGGACUGAGAAUCUUCUCUCCUGUUCCUCCUCCUCCAUCCCACAUGGAGGAGGCUUCGCACUUUACCACACUGAUGCAUUCCUACAGAAGUUGCCCCGAUGCCUGCAAGUCGACUAUCGUUACAGUGACUUCAUUGAAAGAAAGAUUAUCUGCCCAUUGAGGACCUCAGGUUUAUAUAGUUCAAAGUGCAGCAAGUCUUUCAGGAAGCCGCAUUAAAAACAAAAGACUAGUUUCCUUAUACCAGUCACACAGGGGAGUUAAAAACUAUAUUCAUGGCACAGCUUUUUCUACAGCAUCCUCAAUAUAAGCGAGGGAUUUCCUUUAAAGGCUACUGGUAUGAAGCAGAUGCCAUUGCUUUCACCAGCAAGGGAGCGUUAGACUAGGAGUCUAGAAAGCUGUUUUUUCUGAGGCUUUAUUACUUCCUUGCUGUGUAACCUUGGGAGAGUCCUUGUCUUCUGGAAACCUUAGUUUCCCUGUCUAUAAAAUGAGCUCUUUGAAAUGGAUGAUCUCUUAAGGGGUCUGAAUCUGGAAUUCAAAAUUCCUGUUUUCACUAUCCGUUGUGGGCUGCUUCUUACUAUCUACAGGGGCUUGGGGAAAUGUUUUACCUCUUGCCUUCAGUUGUCUUUGUCGGCCUUACACUUAAGUUUCUCCAUGUUUAUGUCUCACAAGGGUGAACACAAGAGAAGCUCCUUGGGCCUGUUUCCAGUCAGUGAAGGGAAGGGACUGCAUAGUCUGAAGCCUUACCCAGUGCCACAUGUGUUAUCUCCUGGCUUUUAGGCUGGGUGCUUUCUAAAACACAAGUCUACAUGUCUCCUAUUUCUGUGCCUCUCCUGAGUGUCUUCUGGGAAGUGGGAAGAGUCGGGACUUCCUCAGGAGGACUGUGAGUGGUUUUCCCUGCCUUUGCACAGGCAUUGGUGUUCAUCCUGCCCUUGUCUGCAUCAGACUGUGCUGUUCUGAGGCUUGGAGAGAACCAACCCUACUUUUUGGGCAGGAAUAUCUUGCUCAUACUUCUGUUUUCUGGAGUUUUGCUAACCUAAGGGCUUGCCACUGCUAUGUGGCUUCCCUUUCCUUUCCAUAUUCCACCACAGAUGCACAAUGUAGGAUGCUAUUUUCAAGAUUUCUCCCUGCUGCUUCUUCUGGGUCACUGGCCAGAAACUUGCUCACUCAAGGCUGCAAAUCCUCACUUGCAGCUUCUCUACCUUUUACCUGUUGGCAACCCCAGAGUUCAAAGGAAGCUAACCUCUGGGAUGGUCAAUGGAGUGGGAGGGGGCAUGUAGGAAAUUCUGUGGCUCUUCUCUGCUGAUGGAAACAGAAGGACGCCAAGCCAUGCCUAAAAAGAUCUCGCCAAUAUUUUUUGUCUUUGGGUGUUGGGGCCCUGGAUUCUGGUGCUGUAGCUCCUGGUGCCAAAGUCUGGAUCUUUCCACAUUUUAGCAGCACCAACAUCUUCAAUACUCAAAAUGCUGUGUGGAAAAGGGACAGCUGUGGUGCCUUUUUACUGGGGCUGCCAUUUUGAAAUCUGAGUGCAAUAGGGUUUGAUUGUAACAAUUUAAUGAUGUUUUAUUUUUCUUUAAUCUGCACACUUUAUAGAACCGCUGUUAAGAUAGAUUUUAUUUUUAAAUAUCUUCAGCAUUGCAGAAAAUAUGUAUUAGCAAGUGAAGGCUAGAGGCUCAGUUCCUCUGGGCUUCAAAUGGCUGGCAAGGCUGGCUCUCAGAUUCCAAAGUUGGAAGGCAUAUUUCUGAAAAGCAACUAAGGUGUGGCCACUUGCAUCCAGUCCUCACAAUCAGGAGUCCUGGAGGAAGCCUCCAAGUAGAGGGGAGACCUGGUGACUGAAUAGUUGUCUAGGCCAAAUAGUCCCACUGUCCUAGCCAACCCACUUUUAUGAUGAGCCUCUUUUGCAGCCUGGCUCUAACUCUUUUACUGGCAGGUAUAUGGUUGUGAGAAGCCUCCUAGGGAAGCUGGGAAACCUGGCCCUGCAUAGCUGCUUGGUUGGGAGGAGGCAGAGAUGGCUAAAGGCCAGGAGCUGGUCUCUCUCACUUGCCACAGUGUCUCUUGCCACUCUUGAUUCUGAAACAACCAGACAAAGCUGAAGGGAUGGUAGUAGACAAACCGUAUGUAGGUUUUGCUUCUUUGCGGGAAUGAAACAGUGGAGACUGCAGGUUAAAGGCAGGAGUGUGUGUGGGGCCAAGGACUCCAAUCUCAGCUGCAGGUGAGCUUGCACAUGAACCAUCCCUCUUGUGAGGUGCUGGGGGUUGGGGGGGAUCUAUAGUGUUCUUGGACUUCUUGUUCUGGGGCAAUUUUAGUUCUUUAGAUUUAGUGGGUCACGGUGCCAAGUGCUACAACUUCCCAGUAAAGGAACAGACCCAGACCCCUGAGGCUGGGUCCCUGGCUGUCUUUGCUGGUGUGAGUUUCUUUGUUGCUACUCUGACAAGACUGCUUCGGAAUAGCUGCUUUUAGGGAUUUUCUUUUGAAUACCCCAAGUGGGGAACAGGGUUCUCCUCAAAGCCUCAAUCAAGAUCAUAGGAAAGGGGCCCUAUUUUCCUGCUGCUUCACAGCUCAGAACAUGUUUUGAACGGAAUGUAUUUUUAAGAGAAUAAAGUCUAUUUUUUUGUAUUUUAAAGAUAGGGAGGGCUAGGAAGAUAGCCUUCAAAUAAACUGUUAUUGCAUUAUAGGCCCCUUUGGUAGGGGCAUAGUCUGUUGGUCCAUACCUAACUUGUGCAGGCAGGUGCUCUGGCCUCACCCCUUCCCUCUUGGAGGCUUUUACAUUUCUGCUCCAAACACAGGACCAAGAAGGCCAGGACCUGCCACUGGAAACCAGGGCAAAGCCAUGAGCAGUGGCUCAGGGCUCCUUGGAUGCAUGUGUGUAGUCAAAGCUGCCUGUCUGCAUGUAUCCUCUGGCUCUAAUGCUCUCUGUUGGCUCUGCAGCACAAUAUGUAACCAAUAAAACUCCCUAGUUUCCAUAUGCUCA